UCCCCGGCUCGGCUGGCUGCGCCCCGCACGUUCCCCGCUUGUUCGCUCAGCAUCACCCCCGCUGCCCCCCAGCCUGCCCUCGCUGCCCAGGCCGGCCUGGCCUGGCCUAGCUCCCUCGCCCUUCGCCUCCUGCUCCCUCCCACCCGGAGCUCCCCCUGCCCUCCAGCUCCUGCCUAGACCCUUCCAAGAUGGCUCCCCCCAAAGUGGCUCUUGCUGAGGUACGGGGGUCCUCGAGCUCAGCUCCUGGGGAGCUGGCCAGCAUGACCCGAGGCGUGGGGCUCGAUGAUGAGCUCCCCGACUGGGCCGGCGCCAAGGAGUUCUAUCAGAAGUAUGACCCCAAGGACGUCAUCGGCAGGGGCGUGAGCAGCGUGGUGCGGCGCUGCGUGCACAAGCAGACAGGGCAGGAGUUCGCGGUGAAGAUCAUUGAGGUGACCCCUGAGCGCAUGACCCCGCAGCAGCUGGAGGAGGUGCGGACCUCCACGGGCAAGGAGAUUGCCAUCCUUCGUCAGGUGGCUGGGCACCCCUACAUCAUCUCGCUGAUUGAUUCCUACGAGUCGUCCACGUUCAUGUUCCUGGUGUUUGAUCUGAUGCGGCGUGGGGAGCUCUUUGACUACCUGACGGAGAAAGUGACCCUGAGUGAGAAGGAGACCAGGUGCAUCAUGCGAGCACUGCUGGAGGCAGUGAGCUACCUGCACGCCAGCCACAUCAUCCACCGUGACCUGAAGCCCGAGAACAUCCUCAUGGACGAUCAGCUCAAUAUAAAGCUCUCCGACUUUGGCUUCUCCUGCCGGCUGGAGCCGGGGCAGAAACUGCGGGAGCUGUGCGGGACCCCCGGGUACCUAGCCCCAGAGAUCCUCAAGUGCUCCAUGGAUGAGAUGCACCCGGGCUACGGCCAGGAAGUGGACCUGUGGGCAUGUGGGGUGAUCUUCUUCUCCCUGUUGGCCGGCUCACCCCCAUUUUGGCACCGCAAGCAGAUGCUGAUGCUGCGCAUGAUCAUGGAGGGGCACUACCAGUUCAGCUCUCCUGAGUGGGAUGACCGCUCCGACACCGUCAAGGAUCUGAUCUCGCGGCUGCUGCGAGUGGAGCCGGCGGAGCGGCUGACGGCAGAGCAGGCCCUGCAGCAUCCCUUCUUCGAGCGCUGCGUGGGGCGCCCGGUCCGGCUGUUCAGCCCCUACCGCCGGUUCAGGGGACAGGGAUACUGGGCUCUCCUGUGUUCCCCACCCACUAGGAUAAUGGUCUCUCCCACGCACCCCCACCCUCCUGCUGAUGGUCUGUCCUGCGUGGUAGGUGCUGGUGUGGACGGUGCUGGCCUCCAUCCGCAUGUUCAACAGCUACCGGGUGCGGACGCGGCCGGUGACGCGGGAGCUGCUGCUGCACGACCCCUACGCGCUGAAGGGCGUGCGCAAGCUCAUCGACGCCUGCGCCUUCCGCAUCUACGGCCAUUGGGUCAAGAAGGGCGAGCAGCAGAACCGCGCCGCCCUCUUCGAGAACCUGCCCAAGGCUCUGCUGCUGGCCCUGCUGGGCGCGGAGGGCGAGGGGGUGGAGCUGGGCCAAGGCGAGGGGGUGCAGCACCACUGCUCCUCUCCACUAGGAGGCAGGGACCAGGCUGGGCUGGGGGAGAUCCUGGGGUGAUCCCCUCCUAGCCUGGGAACUGUGAGUGGGGGGUAGGGAUGGUUGCACUGAACUUUAGGCCAGGGAACCCUCCACUGGGGGGCUGCAGGGGGGGCCCUAAUGCAGGUUUGUCAAGGAUCUCUGGGACAGGAAGGGGCAGUCCUGCCUGGGUGAGGUUUAGGGACCCCGUGUGUGUCUGGCAGGGAGGGGGGGAGUCCCCUUGAAGGGGAGGGGGCUGGUGUGUUGUGUGCAUACGUCUGGGAUACAGGGGCAGCUCGCAUCCCCCUGCCCUUGUCUUUUUUUUUUUUUUAAACUGGGUCAGUAUUGCAGCCUGGGGGAGAUGGGGCCAAAUCCUCCCCUCCACCCAGAUGGCAGAGUUGGGGAGAUGGGGCCAAAUGCUCCCCCCUCCCACCAUGGCUCAGCCAGGCCCCGCUGCUGUAGCUUGGUUAAUUUUUAUUUUUUCCUGUAGUCUGAAUUCCUGUGAAUUUAGAAUAAAAAUCUGUUGUGACCC